GUGACUAUAUUCGCAUGAUGUUUAUUAUAUGCCUGGCGACGGUUGUGCUAUUGAUAGCUGUGUGGCGGCUAUUGGAGAUUCUUAAUCGAAAAUAUUACAUUCUCUGCCUCUGUAAACGUGUACGCCCAGUCGACGGUAGCCCUUUGGAAAGUAAAACGGUGGUCAUACCGGGCACAACACCUUUUGGAAACAAUUUCGAUAUACUUCAGAAUACACCGUCGGGUGUAUUUAACUAUGUACGGAAUGCAUCGGCACGGGCACAGCUUAAGGGAAUGAAUUAUUUCUUUUACUUUUUAAUGGCUCCCAUGUACAAUGUGAUAAGAGCCGAGGAGGCUGAGGAAAUAUUUCAGAGUCCAAAACUGAUAACAAAGAAUGUUAUAUACGAGUUGCUUCGGCCUUUUUUGGGCGAGGGUUUGCUGAUUAGUACAGAUCAAAAAUGGCAUUCAAGACGCAAAGCAUUGACACCGGCUUUUCAUUUCAAUGUUUUGCAAUCGUUCCUGAUAAUAUUCAAAGAGGAGUGUAUGAAACUUGUCGACAUACUCAAUGAAAAGAUUGACACGGAAUUAGAGCUAAAUCAGAUUAUUCCUAGUUUUACCCUGAACAACAUUUGUGAGACUGCUUUAGGAGUCAAUCUAGAUGAUCUGGCUGAGGGUAAACAAUAUCGUGAUGCAAUUCAUGCUCUGGAAUCGGUUAUGGUUCAGCGUCUGUGCAAUCCAUUAUUUUAUUUUUGGUUGUAUUUUUAUCUUUUCGGCGAAUAUGGGAAACAUGUUAAAAAUUUGAAAAUAGCCGAUGAUUUUUCGCAGAACAUCAUCAAGCGUAGGCGUCAGGAGUUUAAGCAACAACAACGUCACGGAUCAGAUGACUAUGGUCGAAAGAAGCGUUACGCAAUGUUGGACACGUUGUUGGCGGCCGAGGAGGAUGGACAAAUCGAUCAUCAGGGCAUUUGUGAUGAGGUCAAUACGUUUAUGUUUGAGGGCUAUGAUACCACAUCUACUUGCCUGAUCUUUACCCUUCUCAUGCUGUCCCUUCACGAGGAUGUACAAGAGCGUUGCUUUGAGGAAUUACAACAAUUGGCAGGAGACGAUAUCGAUGAUCAUAGUGUCUUUGACUUCAAUGAGUUGAUCUACUUGGAAUGCGUCAUCAAAGAGUCGUUACGCAUGUUUCCAUCCGUACCCUUCAUCGGUCGCCUAUGCACUGAGGAGACUGUGGUCAAUGGUUUUAUAAUGCCCAAGGAUACACAAAUAAAUAUACAUAUCUAUGAUAUUAUGCGUGAUCCACGACAUUUUCCCCAACCAAAUGAAUAUCGGCCCGAAAGAUUCCUGCCCGAGAACACAGUAAAUCGUCAUCCCUUCGCCUUUGUGCCCUUUAGUGCCGGGCAAAGGAAUUGCAUUGGCCAAAAGUUUGCCAUAUUGGAGAUAAAAGUACUUUUGGCAUCGAUCCUUAAAAACUUCCGCAUUUUGCCAGUAACUCGCUUUGAGGAUAUCAUAUUCGAAUAUGGAAUAGUCUUGAGAACUCAACAAAAUGUUAAAGUCAAAUUUAUCAGCAGGACUGGAAACACGGAAAAGUAAAUUUAUCUGUAGUAAUUUUUAUCUAAACACAGAAAAAUAUUGAAAAUGCUGCAAUUUUAAGUUAAACGUCUCACAAUUUAGUUAAAUGUUUCACAAUUUUGGAAUAAAAUGUAAUCAUUAAUUCAAAUAAAAGAAAAGAAAUCCAUGGCUUA